GACCUCUUCCUGUAAACACCGGAAGAAGACGAGUGGCCUUCGAUUGAGCAAAAUGGCCGACGUUGAGAUGGACAUCGCGUCCAGAAGUAUGAAUAACGGCAACGAACACGUAAAGCAGGACCUGGAAAGCCACGAGCGAAGUGGAAAUGAAGACAGCGGAGAUUUGUCUGAGGAAGAGGAGGAGGAAGAGGAGGCGGAGACUAACGGAGAGAAGGCUGAGGAAGGGGAGACCAAACAGCCGAGUGGCGUUGGCAGUGGCGUAGGCAGUGGCGGCGGUAGUGGUGGCAAACACAAGAGGAAGAAACACAAGCACCGCAGCAAGCACAAAAAGCACAAGCACGCCUCCGACGAGGACAAGGAGCGGAAGCGCAAACACCGACACAAGCACCGCAAACACAAGCGCAAGGACGGCUCCUCGCCCGCCGCCGCCACCGCCGCCGCCCUGUUCGGCGCCUCGGGACACAAAAAGACUGAGUCGUCCCCGUCAUCGGGGAACCCCAGCCUGGACGACCGCGCCCUGCUGGAGGACCUGGAGAAGCAGCGCGCCAUGAUCAAGGCGGAGCUGGACAGCCAGCUGAUGGAGGGCAAGGUUCAGUCGGGCAUGGGCCUCAUACUGCAGGGCUACAACUCGGGCUCGGAGGAGGGGGCCGGGGCUGCCGCUGCCGGUGGUGCCGGUGGUGCCGCCGCCGGCGGUGGAGGGGACGGCGAGGGCCGGGUCAGGAACGGUCAGCGUGCCGGUAAACCCCCAGGGUCGCCGCGGGCCGGGAGGAGCGGGAAGUCUCGGCGGGAAUCGACGGAGGCCGGGAAGUCUGCCUCCAAGCGCCACAGCCGCAGCCGCUCGAGGGAAAAGGAGAAGGCGGCCAAGGAGCCGAAGGCGGAGAAGGCGGCCAAGAGCAGCAAGGAGGCCAGCGGGAAGGAGAAGGGCCGCGGGGGGCGGAGCCGCUCCAAGGAGCGCAGGGGGCCAGAGAGCUCGGAGCGCUCCAAGGAGAGGACCAGGAAGUCCCCGUCCCCUGGGGGCCGCAGGGCGGAGCAGAGGGCCGGCCGCGCCGACAAGCGCCCCACGCCCCCCCAGGCCGACAUCAGACCCCCGCAGGAUCGCCCGUCCCGUCCGGGAGAUCGCGAGCGGCCCGGUCGCUCGGACGCGGACCGGGACAAGAGGCCCACCAAGUCCCCCUCCAAGGACGCCUCUUCCGGGAAGGAGAACCGCUCUCCCCACCGCCGGGCGCUCGCCGCCUCCCCGCGCCGCCGCAGCUCCUCCCCCCGCCUCAAGGCCCCCCAGCCGGCCCCUGCCAGCGCCCCGGAGAGGGCCGCAGUCCGCAGCGGCUCCAGGCCGCGCUCUCCGCCCAGGGGGGGCCGCACCCGCUCGCCGGACCCCCGGAGGAGAGACGCAGCCGAGCGCCCCGAGUCCCCGCUGAGGAAGCGUCUGCGUCCUGACGGGCCUCCGGGCAGGGCCCGGUCCCGGGAGCUCAGCCCCCGGUUGGCUGCGCGACGCCGCCCCAGCCGCUCCCCGCUACCACGGCGACGCCUCUCUCCCCGCAGGCGGAGCAGGUCUCCUCUGAGACACAGGUCGGAUGAGCGGGACCGCUACGGCCGGCCGCGGCAGUACCGCCGCUCCUUCUCCAGGGAGCGGGGGAGGAGGAGGAGGAGCCGCGACGAGGACAAGUUCAAGGGCAGCCUGUCCGAAGGCAUGAAGGUGGACCAGGAGUCCUCCGGAGAAGAAGUCCUAGAGGACUUUGACGGUGAGGAGGUGGACGAAGAGGCUCUCAUUGAACAGAGACGCCAGCAGCGGCUGGCCAUCGUCCAGAAAUACAAGCUGGGGACCGACGAGGGCACCAUGGCGUCGGAGCCCAGCAGCCCCCAGAGCAGCGCGCGCAGCCGCUCGCCCUCCCCCGACGACGUCCUGGAGCGUGUGGCGGCCGACGUCAAGGAAUACGAGCGCGAGAACCUCAACACGUUUGAGGCGAGCAUCAAGGCCAAGCACAACCUCAUCGCCCAGGAGAAAGACGGGGCCAACCCCAAGAAGCCCUCGGCCCCCAAGAAAAUGUUCACCGAGUCGGACGACAUGUUCGCCGCCGACUUUGACAACGCCAGGAUGCGUGCGGCGGGCGUGGGGAAGGACUUCAAGGAGAACCCCAACCUUCGAGACAAUUGGACGGAUGCGGAGGGCUACUACCGUACGUCAGAGGCACCCUUUCACACGCCCACGGCUCACUAUUCUGCUUCUUUGCUGAGCGCCCACACCACGGAAUCCCUUCUGAGGGAGGUGUCCCUGCGGGUGGGGGCGCAGCAUUGCGCUGACGCCUUCGUCUGCUGCAUCAUCAUGCCGGUGGACCUCCACCCGCCUGCUGCCACGGACCCCGGCCCAGCGAGGCGCUGGCCUGGACCUGGACCUCGUCCGACACCUGUUCUCAGGGAAUAA